CACGCGGAGGAAGGAAGAGACGCAGGCAGGCUGCGGUGACCCAAGCGGCCGCCCGUGCCUCAGGGACCCCUUCCCGGAGAGACUGCACCAUGACACAGGGAAAGCUCUCUGUGGCUAACAAGGCCCCCGGGACAGAGGGGCAGCAGCAGGCGAAUGGUGAGAAGGAGGCUCCAGCAGUGCCUUCGGCCCCACCCUCCUACGAGGAGGCCACCUCUGGGGAGGGGCUGAAGGCAGGAGUCUUCCCGCCAGCCCCCUCGGCUGUGCCUCUCCACCCCAGCUGGGCCUAUGUGGACCCUAGCAGCAGCUCUAGCUAUGAGAGUGGUUUCCCCACUGGAGACCAUGAGCUCUUCACCACCUUCAGUUGGGACGACCAGAACGUUCGCAGAGUCUUCAUCAGAAAGGUCUAUACCAUUCUGCUGAUCCAGCUGCUGGUGACCUUGGGUGUCGUGGCUCUCUUUACCUUCUGUGACCCCGUUAAGGACUAUGUCCAGGCCAACCCAGGCUGGUACUGGGCAUCCUACGCCGUCUUCUUUGCGACCUACUUGACCCUGGCCUGCUGUUCUGGACCCAGGAGGCAUUUCCCCUGGAACCUGAUCCUCCUGACCAUCUUUACCCUGUCCAUGGCCUACCUCACUGGGAUGUUGUCCAGCUACUACAACACCACAUCUGUGCUGCUGUGCCUGGGCAUCACGGCCCUCGUCUGCCUCUCGGUCACCGUCUUUAGCUUCCAGACCAAGUUUGACUUCACGUCCUGCCAGGGUGUGCUCUUCGUGCUGCUCAUGACUCUCUUCUUCAGUGGACUCAUCCUGGCCAUCCUCCUGCCCUUCCAAUAUGUGCCCUGGCUCCAUGCAGUGUAUGCCGUGCUGGGAGCAGGCGUGUUUACGUUGUUCCUGGCAUUUGACACCCAGUUGCUGAUGGGUAGCCGACGCCACUCGCUGAGCCCUGAGGAGUAUAUUUUUGGAGCCCUCAACAUUUACCUAGACAUCAUCUAUAUCUUCACCUUCUUCCUGCAGCUUUUUGGCACCAACCGGGAAUGAGGAGCCCUUCCCACCCCCCUUCCUUCAGAGAAUGCCCCCUUGCUGGUCCUCUGACCCCGCCCCCCGUGCUCCUGCCAGCCCAGAUAUAAAGCUAGCUGCCAGCCCA